AGGGAACACUGCAGUGCGGAACUCGGCUUGGUGUGUGCGAGCCUCUCUUGUAUUCAGACCGAAUGCUGGAGAGAUGAUCGCUUUCGGUUAUUCAUUCGAGUCGGCUAGCAGCUCCGCCUGAAUUCGCGCAAGUCGAAUGGCGAUUUAAGUCCGGCGGCGGCUGCCGGAGGAUCGAACGAAUGUGCAUGCGCCCGCCUCACUAACAAUGGCCGGUUUCGCUGCUCAAGCGGCCCUCAGGUCGAAAUGGACCGACCUGGUCGAUACCUCGGCGUUUGAGGUGCCCGAGGAGGUGACCACCGGCGUCAAGAGUGUUGUGGGCUGGCUCAAACAGGCAACUCACGAAGUGCGUCAGGCAGGCCUGCGUACCCUGACCAACUUUUCCGACAUCCACACCAUGGGUUCCAACGCACCAGUUUCCUCCAUCACCAUCCUGCACUUCAACGACGUUUACAACGUCGAGCCGGCAGACCAGGAGCCGGUUGGUGGCGCCGCUCGGUUCGUCAGCGCCAUACAGUCUUUCGAACACCUCAACCCGCUUAUCUUGUUCAGCGGUGAUGCAAUCGCCCCCAGCAUGCUCAGCACCUUCACCAAGGGCGAGCAGAUGAUUCCCGUUUUAAACGAGUGCAACGUCCACUGCGCAGUCUUCGGCAACCACGAAUUCGAUUUUGGUUUGGAUGUGCUGCUUGACUGGGCUGCCAGAACGAAUUUCCCGUGGCUGAUGAGCAAUGUAAUUGACAACGAAACCGGCCGGCCCUUAGCUGAUGGGAAAAUCACCCACGUUGUCCAGUGGGGAGGGCACAAAAUUGGCUUGAUUGGGUUGGUCGAAAGAGAGUGGUUGGACACACUUGCCAGCAUAAACACUGAUGAGGUCACCUUCAUCGACUUUGUGGAAGCAGGCACAAAGUUGGCUCAGCAGCUGAAACAAGAGGGUUGUGAGUAUGUGAUUGCUCUCACUCACAUGAGGACGCCCAACGACAUUCUGCUCAUGGAAGGUGUAUCUGAGAUUGAUCUUUUCCUUGGAGGCCAUGACCACGAUUAUGACGUUCAAAUGGUGGAUGGACGUUAUUUGGUCAAAAGUGGAACAGAUUUCCGCCAAAUGUCCAAAAUUACAUUGACAUUUACCGGCAAGAAAGUGGAAGUGAAUGUAGAAGAAAUUAAUAUAACUUCAAAGUACCCAGAACAUGAGAUGCUGAAACAAGAACUCAUGAAGUACCAAGACAUAAUUUCUGAGAAAAUGGACGAAGUGUUAGGCACAUUUGCCGUUCCUCUUGACGGUCGUUUCGCAAGCAUCCGAACGUCCGAGACCAAUUUGGGCAACUGGGUGUGCGACGUCAUACUGGCAGCUACAGGCGCCGACUUUGUCCUUCUAAACUCAGGCACCCUUCGGUCAGACAGGCAGCACCCUGCUGGAGAGUUCACCCUGAAAGACUUGAUGAACGUGCUGCCCAUGAUGGACAGCCUCACCGUGCUGUCAGUCACUGGUUCGCAGGUAUUGAAAAUGCUGGAGAACAGUGUGUCGCAGUACCCUCGGUUGGAGGGCCGAUUUCCUCAAGUGUCUGGAAUUUCUUUUGGGUUUGACCCGAACGCACCAGCGGGCCAGAGAGUCGACCCUCAGUUCGUGAGGAUUGGCGACGAGUACCUUGGUCUCGAACAAAGAUACAAACUGGCCACUAAGAAGUACGUUGCUUUAGGCAAGGAUGGCUACGACAUACUGCGCGAAUCAAAGAUUUUGGUGGAUGCAGAGAACUGCACUGAGCUGAGAACGGCGAUUCAGAACCACUUUCAAGCCAUCAAAAUGAGGCAGGGCUGUACAAAGCGCCACACUAAGCAUCGUCAAAGUUUGGUUACAAUUUCCAGAAGCGACCUAAUCCCCAUCAGCGGUGAUGCGAAAGCUCACGAAAAAUCCUGGACUGACUCACUGCCCGUCUCUUCUGGGUUUAAGCACAGUCUUGUGAAAAUGCUUGAAACGCCAGAGAACAGUGACGCACCGCCGCCCCUGCGUCGCUCAAGCACCAUCGACUUGGAAGGGGGCCCGCCGCCCCUGCGCAACAAACUCACUCGCAGGGCAAGCAUUGACGACUUAGAGCAGGAAACAUGCGAACUGUGUCCCAAGGUGGAGGGCAGGAUUGUCCAACUGACGCCAGAGACGCGCCGAGAGCUAGCUUUGGAAAGGCAACGAAUUGAGGCUGACUCAGUGAUUCCUGAGGCCGAUGAGUCUGUUUCUCCUAGAGGAAGUUUCGACAAGUCAUAAGCAAACAAGAGGAAAGCGAUAUUUUUUAUUCGAGAUUGAGGGUGUAGGUGCGUGAUUGCUUUGAAGGAAGGCCUACGCUGUUUAUAAAUAAUUACUAACGUCAUGUUCAUGAGCACUAUACUCAAACUUGAACACACCAAAAAUCUUUGUUGAUGUGAAAUAUCGAUGUAGUCGUUAGAACGCUGUCAAAUUCAUUCCCCCAUUGAGUGAGGAGGUGACUAAUUGAAACAAAAGUAUUACUCGGAUGUGAUAUCUCCAUCUCGAUUGUAAUGUGGCAAAUGGUUCCACUCAAAUAUCCAAAUAUUGUAAGUGUUAUUGCUUUGUUUGUUUGUUUUCCGACAGUUUAGUGAUGCCGACAAGAAGCAAGCCUGUUUGAGUAGUGGAAAUUAAAAUGUUUUCACUGAUAGUUAUGCAGUGCAAUACUUGAUUUGUAAAGACCCACAAACUUAAUUGUCAGCCACGUCCCUGUACAAAUCAACAAAUGAUAAUAACUAAAUUUAAAAGCUAUACCCAUUCACAAUAAAAGGAUCAAUGCUAGCUGCUUCAAUGUAGGUGGGUGCUCUGCAUUCGCGUGCUCUUAUCGCAAAGGAAUCUGGAAAUAUUUUGCACAAAUUUUAAUAAAUUUUGACGCACCCCCCGUAAUGUUAGGACUGCCGCUUGAUAAAUAAGCUGAGAAUCACAUUAAAGUAAGUACGUAUGCGACUAGAAAGCGAGUAUUUUGAAAUGUUAUAAUUAAAACAAAAAGUAUUGGAGACGCGGUUGGUUUGUAUUUUUCCAAAGAGUGUAUAUUUAAUGCUUUUUUACAUUUUUCUUUUGAGGCUAUAUUUUUACGAAUGUUUUGUUGUGACUUACAUUGUUCAUUGUGUCAACGAAAAAAAUGGAUCUACGAUCACUUUGCAACCUUUGAUCUACUCUCAUCUGUGUAACGACCUUAACUAAUUGUGUUCAUUGCACUUCCAAAAUUCAAAAGCACUUUUGAUCCAUUUAACUGUACAUUUUUAAAAACGACGCAAUCGGUACAAAGACGAAAACAAAGUAUUCUUAGCAAACCAAAUUAUAUACUUAUUUAAACCUUACAUAUUUUGAAGAGUUUCCUUUUAUUGCGCCCGAUUAAUCUCAGCAUGGCUGUUCUAUGAGUAUAGUUUCUUAUAUUAUACAUUGUAUCUCCACAUUUUAUCGAAUUUAUAUAUUUUUCUGAGCUGGUCUCGACUUUCUCCUUGCGUUACAGGAAAAUAAAGUUUUAAAUGAUUUGAAUAAGCCCACGA